UGUUAGGACCGAAAUUUUCUUGUCAAAUUUAGAAGUUAAAUAGUUUUGUUCCAGAUCUUAAGGAAAAAAGGAAUAUGUCUCAGAUAAAUAAUACAUUUAUAAAGCUGCGAGCCCGCCUGCGAGAGCGUGAUAUCAAGUUGUGGGAGGAGCCCUACUACUUCGAGGGCGUUGGCACUAUUGAAUCGGAGAUUGAUCGAUUGGCAAGGGACUUGAGUGGAGAUCUGGGCAUAAGCCUUCAAGACUGCAGGUGUGCCUUGACAGAACUGCAAGAUAGUGCCUUGAGGAAACUAGCAGCUUGGAAGGAGUUCAGUGACACUGGCUUGGCCACUUUCAAUGUGCGAUGUGUGGAUAAAAAAGGUGGAACUUCGCAGAUGAUGGAGAUCAAGUGCUCGCUAGGAGGCUUGGGCUCGGAUCUUCAAAAAGAGGUGGCCAAAAAGUUGAACUUAAGUGAAUCAAGUCAUGUGAAAUGCAUUUCAGGAGGAAGGAUUAUCAAUGGACAAAGAACUCUAGCCUCGCAGGGUCUUAAAACCAAUCAACAACUUAUGGUCGUAGUGGGAGGAGAAAAUGAAGGUCAGGAGUUACAUGAACGUAUCCAGAGGAUUCGAGCUGAUGUAGAGAUAGUUGCGGAUGCCGAUCAUCGUUUUAUGGAAAUGGAGGAUCAAGAUGGUCGUCCCAUCUUCCUUCCACCCGACGAAAAUCGAUCUAUAUUGAUGGGAUUGGCCAUGUACGAGACAGCCAGGGCUGCCAUGCGUAAAGAAAACUUCGAUGAGGCUUUACUUCUGCUCCUCGAAGCCGAUGAACUUUUCUGCCGAAGCAGUGAGAGCUCUAAAUUUCUGGAAGCGGUGGACAAUUAUGCUCUCAUCAAUCUUGAUAUUGUUUGGUGCUAUCUUUGCCUGAAGAAUAUCACUCAAUUACCAGAUGCUCAGCGACGUUUGGAUAUUUGUGAGAAAAGCUUUUUCAGGAGUUACGGAGAGAACUAUAGUCGUUUGUACUCGAUGAAAGGACCUAGUUGUCCUGAAAGAGCCUUGAUCAUGAGGUUACAUCUUCUCCAAGGCGUUCUCUUGUUUCACCAAAAUCGCCGAGAUGAAGCCUAUGAAAGAUUGGAGGAGGCUUCCAAGGAUUUGAAUGAGUUAAAGCUGUAUGAUGAUCAGCUUAUGACUCUGGUGGAAAUGGGUUAUGAAGAAUGUGAUGCCAGAUUGGCUUUAAGAUCCUGUGCUGGCCAGGUGGAUAGAGCCAUACAAUUUAUACAGGAACACAAGGAAAAAGUCAAAAAAGAACGCCAGAACUCGGCUAAUGUAAGGCAGGUUAACCAGGAAAUAAGGGAAACUAAUUCUGGUGAACAUUGGGUGGAUCCUCGUAGUGUUUGUAGGCUCAUGGAAAUGGGCUACGAAAGGCCAUUGGUUGUGGAGGCACUGAAGAGAACCAAAAAUAACCUAGAGCGUAGUUUGGAUCUUCUACAGCAUCAUUCAAAUGACCUCAGAGCCAAUCUACCAGCAACACCUCCUGUGGAUGAAUCUUUACUUUCAACUCUGCAACAACUUGGUUUUCCUGCCACAUCCGCACGAACUGCUUUGGAAACUACAGAGAAUGACUUUAGAAAAUCCAUGGAAUUCUUAUUGAAAAGCUUUGUCAGCGAAGACGAGUUACUUGCUGUUAUUGAAGCCAUGCAAAAGUUACUUAAAGAUCAAGGACCUUCGAGUUCAAAUAGAGGAACUGGAAAUAGCUCCACUCCUUUAUUGAAUUUAUCGGCCACUGAAUUGGCUUUAAUCCAAUCAGUUCUUGUCAAGGCGAAGUCGGAAAUGGAAUCUUAUAAUGCUUUUAAGAGAUUCAAUGAGGAUCUUGCUGAAAAUAAUUCUCACUAUUUGGAUCUGCCUUUGGUCCAGGAAGAACAAGUUCUCAAUGAGUAUAGGCACCUACUAGAACAAUGAUUCUUAUGAUUUUGGAGUUUUCUACAAAUAUUUGUAAAUCUAAAAAUGUAAAAUAUAACUUAUUGUGUA